CUCAAAGACCCAGACUUUACACGACCCAAUAAAGCAAAAAUUAAAUAAAGGAACGCAGUUUUCAUCUUCGAAUGCCCUCUCAAUAAUUUUGUUGUUUGUUUCCAGGGAAAAAAAAAUCAAGUUUUUUCUUCCUCUGGGGAGCAAAAAAAGAGUGGUUUUUUUGGGACUUUGGGUAGACUGGUUCAAUAACAAAGGGGGAUCCUUUCUUUGUUGGGUUGUUUUUGUUUUUUUUUUCUUGGGAAACAAACAUGAAAUGUUGUCAUCUGUUGUGGAAAGGUACGGUCUUGUUUUUGUUUCAGUUGUUUGUUGUCUUCUACUUGGUUUCAGGGAAGAUGGUUCCUGAGAAAAGGAUCUUAUUAGAGUUCAAAACCUCUGUUUUUGACCCUUCUGGGAUUCUUUCAAGCUGGAACUUUUCAAAGAACCCGAAUCACUGCUCUUGGUUCGGCGUUUCCUGCAAUUCGAGGUCUCGGGUCAUCUCCAUCGACAUAUCUGGUGGCUGUUGUGAAGGUAACUUUACUCGAGCUUGUUCUAGCUCGUCAAAGCUGUCUAAGUUUCCAUUUUACGGUUUUGGAUUGAGGAGAAGAGCAUGUUCAAAGGGGAAAUUGGUGGGGAACUUGUCACCUUUGGUUGGGGAACUUACUGAGCUUAGAGUUUUAUCUCUUGCUUUUAAUGAGUUCGGUGGUGAAAUUCCUUUAGAAAUUUGGGGCUUAGAGAAAUUGGAACAACUUGAUCUUGAAGGGAAUUCAUUUACUGGGAAGUUGCCUGAUGAAUUUGUGGGGUUGAGAAAUUUGAGGAUUUUCAAUGUCGGGUUUAAUGAACUUGAUGGCGAGAUUCCAGGGUCUUUGUCGAAGUUUGUGGACUUGGAGGUUUUGAACUUAGCUGGGAAUAAGCUGAAGGGGUCUAUACCUGGUUAUUUCGGUAGUUUUCGUAAUUUGAAAGUGCUUCAUUUGUCUAAUAAUCAGCUAAACGGGUCGAUUCUUGAUUGUUUUGGAAGUAAUAAUCGGUUUCUAGAGCAUCUUGAUAUGUCGGGGAAUUUCCUAGUUGGGAGUAUUCCUGGUAGUUUGGGGAAUUGUCAGCGGUUACGGACUCUUCUGUUGUUUUCCAACAUGUUGGAUGGUGUUAUUCCUAGUGAGCUUGGCCAGCUGCAUAAGCUUGAGGUUCUUGAUGUUUCUAGAAACAAUCUUAGCGGUGUUAUCCCCACGGAGCUUGGAAAUUGUGUUCGGUUGUCCGUUCUUGUGCUAUCUAGUCUCUUUGAUCCCGUGCUGAGAGGGCAGGAUUCAAGUCAAGAGCUGUCGUUUAGAUUGCUGUAUUCUACUACCGAUGAGUAUAAUCGUUUUCAAGGCUCCAUUCCAAUGGGAAUCACAACCCUUCCAAAGCUUAAAGUACUUUGGGUGCCCGGGGCGAAUCUGGAAGGGAAGCUACGGAGAAAUUGGGGUGGUUGUGAGAACCUGGAAAUCGUAAACUUAGCUCAGAACCACUUUGAUGGGGAUCUCUUUGGAGUGUUCCAUGGAUGCAAGAAACUACGCCAUCUAGAUUUGAGCUCAAACAGGCUAACUGGAGAGCUUGAUGAGAAUCUUCAUGUUCCUUGCAUGACACUUUUUGAUAUCAGUGGGAACCUCAUGUCGGGAUCAAUCCCCAGGUUUAAUUUCGCUGUCUGCCCCGGUAUUUUCUCCUUAAGUUCUGAACUUCUCCAAACCCGUGAUCCAGCAACUGCUUAUCUAUCAUUCUUUACAUAUAAAACACAUCUCCAAACGAUUUUGCCAUUUUCGGGUUUGAGAGCUGCGCUGUUUCACAAUUUUGGUGGAAAUAACUUUUCCGGUUCACUCCCAUGGCUACCGAUUGCACCGACAAGACUGGCUAAGCAAAUUGACUAUGCAUUUCUUGCCGGUGGAAACAAUCUCACCGGUUCAUUCCCAGGAAGUUUAUUUGGAAACUGUAAUAAGCUCCAUGGGAUGAUUGUUAAUGUUAGCAAUAACAGAUUGUCCGGUCAUAUUCCAUCCCAAAUUGGUGAAAUCUGCAGAUCCCUUAGAUUUUUGGAUGCCUCUGAGAAUCAGAUUGAAGGAGUGAUUCCUCAAAGUUUCGUGGACUUGAAGUCCCUUGUUUUACUUGACCUGAGCGGUAACAAACUUAGAGGUCCAGUUCCUGAAGGGCUCUGCCAGUUGAAACAUCUCAAACACCUCUCCGUGGGAAGCAACAACCUAAGUGGUGCCGUUCCUUCUAGCUUUGGACGGUUUCGUUCCCUCAAAGAGUCAGAACUUUCAUCAGAUUCACCGUCUGUACAAACAGAUGAUCUGACAGCCAACACUGAAGAUUCACAAAAUGCAGAAGCUCCUCCUUCGGGUAACACAACUGCCAAUAACAGUUUAGAUCCCAUUGAGAUUGCAUCCAUAACAUCUGCCUCAGCCAUUGUUUCAGUUCUUCUAGUUCUAGUCAUCCUAUUCUUUUACACCAGGAAAUGGGUUCCGAAGUCCAGGGUUCAGGUUUCUGAAUCAAGGGAAAUUAUGGUUUUUGUCGACAUUGGGGUUCCACUGACGUAUGAAACUAUUGUCCAGGCAACCGGGAAUUUCAGUGCCGGCAAACGCAUUGGAAAUGGAGGUUUCGGUUCCACUUACGUGGCUGAAGUAGCUCCAAGAACCCUAGUGGCAGUGAAAAAGCUUGCUGUUGGAAGGUUCCAAGGUAUUCAGCAGUUCCAUGCUGAGGUAAAAACUCUCGAAACAAUGCGGCACCCUAAUCUCGUAACUCUAAUAGGGUACCAUGCCAGUGAAUCAGAGAUGUUUCUCUUAUAUAAUUAUUUACCGGGUGGUAAUUUAGAAAAUUUUAUCAAGGAAAGGUCCACAAGAGCUGUAGAUUGGAUGAUUAUUCACAAGAUUGCUUUGGAUAUAGCCCAUGCACUUGCUUAUCUACAUGAUGAAUGCACCCCAAAGGUACUGCACCGGGAUGUCAAGCCGAGUAACAUAUUGUUGGACAAUGAUUGUAAUGCUUAUCUGUCUGACUUCGGAUUAUCAAGGCUUUUGGGUUCCUCUGAAACCCACGCAACAACUGGUGUAGCCGGCACGUUCGGAUACGUUGCACCCGAGUAUGCUAUGACCUGCCGUGUGUCCGAGAAGGCUGAUGUUUACAGCUAUGGCAUUGUGCUGCUCGAGUUGAUAUCAGAUAAGAAGGCUUUCGAUCCAUCAUUCUCCUCUCAUGCAAACGGUUUCAAUAUCGUCUCUUGGGCCUGCAUGCUGCUGCGACAGGGUCAAGCAAAGGAUGUGUUCACUACAAGGUUAUGGGAAACAGGUCCUCGAGAUGAUUUGGUGGAACUGCUGCACUUGGCCAUAACGUGUACGGUCGAUAGUCUCACAAACAGGCCAACUAUGAGUCGAGUUCUCCGACGGUUGAAGCGAAUUCAACCUUCUUCCGUAUGAUGAUAUAGUUUAUAGUUGCAUGACUUGAUCUAAGAAGGAAAAGCUCAAGUGUACAAAUCAUAACUUUGCAUUUGUGAUUUUGGCUGAGGCAGGUUUGCCAUUGCAAUAUAAUAUUUUCCUUA